AGGAGUGGCGCUCGCGAUAGAAGGAGCGAGGAGAGAGAGAGAGAUGUCGUCGGUAGGGACGUCGUCGAGGGGGCUGUUGGAGAUCGGCAAGUUCGCUCUGUACGUGACGGUACCCGUCGUUGCCACCUAUUGCUUCGCCACAGACUCCAAGACCCUCCACAAGCUCAUGGCCUUCCGUUCUUAUGUAGUUUAUCCGCCCGAGGGUCCUCGCCCUCCUUCACCAGAGGAACUCAGGGAGAUGGCCCGACAAGUUGCUCGCAAGAACAACAACCAAUGAAUAAUUCACAGUGCAAGUUUAAGGUGUUUGCUGGCAAAAGAAUGAUGUUAUUUGCUGGUUAAUUUCAGUCUUGAAGCUGGCAAUAAGUUAUGUUAAGAAAGAAAUUACCUUCAAAUCUCAACAUUUAGCUUGUUUUAUCUUGAUGCUUGUCUGUAAUUUCAUAUAAUUUCCUACAAUCCACUGAUAUCCAAAAUAAAUGAAUUAAUUUUGUUUUC